AGCAGGAAGCUCGCGCCGCCGCUGCGCAGCUCCCCCGGCGCGUCCAGGACCCGCUGCGCCCGGCGCGCCGUCCCGGACCCGGCGUGCGUCCCCACGAGGGAAGUGACCCCGCCGCUCCUGCCCCCUCCGCGCCCGGCGUGCUGCCGCCUUCGCCUUCCCGGGCGAGGGGCCACGGAGAAAGCCGCGCCCGCCCUCGCCCCGGCCCCGGCCCCGGCCCCACAGCCCUCCCGCCGCCUGGAGCGCCAUGGACGCCCCGGAGCAGCAGCCCCCGGACCCCGACGGCAGGGACGGCCCGGGCCACGAGCCAGGGGGCAGCCCCCAAGACGAGUUCGACUUCUCCAUCCUCUUCGACUAUGACUAUUUGCCUAUCGAAGAAGAGCCGAAUGCACGUAAGGUCGCCAGCCCGCCCUGCGGAUUCGCAUACCCCGAUGUUGCCCUGGACUAUGGCCUCAAGCCGUACGGCCCCCUUGCCGGUUUCCCCGGCGAGCCCCCCGGCCGGUUCGGAGAGCCGGAGCGGGCGGGGCCCCCGAACUUUCUGAGCCCGGCCCGGGCGGCGGGGGCGGCCGGCCUGAGCCCUCGGAUCGAGAUCACUCCGUCCCACGAACUGCUGCAGGCGGGGGCGGGCGCCCGCGCGCGCGACGCCGCGCCCCCCGCGGAGCAGCCCGCGCCCGCGCCGCCCGGCCCGCGGUUCACGCUGCCCGUGCCUGGCUUCGAGGGCUACCGCGAGCCGCUUUGCUUGAGCCCCGCUAGCAGCGGCUCCUCUGCCAGCUUCAUUUCCGACACCUUCUCCCCCUACACCUCGCCCUGCGUCUCGCCCAAUAACGGCGGGCCCGACGACCUGUGCCCCCAGUUUCAAAACAUCCCUGCUCAUUAUUCCCCCAGAACCUCGCCAAUAAUGUCACCUCGAGCCGGCCUCGCCGAGGACAGCUGCCUGGGCCGCCACUCGCCCGCGCCCCGUCCGGCCUCCCGCUCCUCGUCGCCUGGUGCCAAGCGGAGGCAUUCGUGUGCCGAGGCCUUGGUUGCCCCGCUGCCCGGAGCCUCACCCCAGCGCUCCCGGAGCCCCUCGCCGCAGCCCUCGUCCCGCGCGGCAGCCCAGGACGACGGCGCCCCGGCCGGGUUCCCCCCCGCGGCCGGCCCCGCCGUGCUCAUGGACGCCCUGAGCAGCCUCGCCGCGGACCCGCCCUGCGGCGUGCCCCCCAAGAUGUGGAAGACCAGCCCCGACCCGUCCCCCGUGCCCGCCGCGCCGCCCAAGGCCGGCCUGCCGCGCCACCUCUACCCGGCCGUGGAGUUCCUGGGGCCCUGCGAGCAGGAGGAGCGGAGGAACUCUGCGCCCGAGUCCAUCCUGCUGGUGCCGCCCACCUGGCCCAAGCAGCUGAUGCCGGCCAUUCCCAUCUGCAGCAUCCCGGUGACCGCCUCCCUCCCUCCGCUCGAGUGGCCUCUCUCCAGCCAGUCGGGCUCUUACGAGCUGCGGAUCGAGGUGCAGCCCAAGCCGCACCACCGCGCCCACUACGAGACAGAAGGCAGCAGAGGGGCGGUGAAGGCUCCCACCGGCGGCCACCCCGUCGUGCAGCUCCACGGCUACAUGGAAAAUAAGCCUCUGGGGCUUCAGAUCUUCAUCGGGACGGCCGACGAGCGGAUCCUGAAGCCGCACGCCUUCUACCAGGUGCACCGCAUCACCGGGAAGACCGUGACCACCACCAGCUACGAGAAGAUCGUGGGCAACACCAAGGUCCUGGAGAUCCCCCUGGAGCCGAAAAACAACAUGAGGGCAACCAUCGACUGCGCGGGGAUCCUGAAGCUGAGGAACGCGGACAUCGAGCUGCGCAAGGGCGAGACGGACAUCGGGAGGAAGAACACGCGCGUGAGGCUGGUGUUCCGGGUCCACGUCCCGGAGUCCAGCGGCAGGAUCGUGUCCUUGCAGGCCGCAUCCAACCCCAUCGAGUGCUCCCAGCGAUCCGCCCACGAGCUGCCCAUGGUGGAAAGACAGGACAUUGACAGCUGCCUGGUCUACGGGGGCCAGCAGAUGAUCCUCACGGGGCAGAACUUCACGGCCGAGUCCAAAGUCGUGUUUACCGAGAAGACCACAGAUGGGCAACAAAUUUGGGAGAUGGAAGCCACGGUGGACAAAGACAAGAGCCAGCCUAACAUGCUGUUUGUUGAGAUUCCCGAAUAUCGGAACAAGCACAUCCGCACGUCCGUGAAGGUGAACUUCUAUGUCAUCAAUGGGAAAAGAAAACGGAGCCAGCCGCAGCACUUUACCUACCACCCAGUCCCCGCCAUCAAGACGGAGCCCACGGACGAGUACGACCCCACUCUGAUCUGCAGCCCCGCCCACGGGGGCCCGGGGAGUCAGCCUUACUACCCACAGCACCCGAUGGUGGCCGAGUCCCCCUCCUGCCUGGUGGCCACCAUGGCUCCCUGCCAGCAGUUCCGCUCGGGGCUCUCGCCCCCUGACGCCCGCUACCAGCAGCAGAGCCCCGCGGCCGCCCUCUGCCAGCGUGCCAAGAGCCUGAGCCCCAGCCUGCUGGGCUACCAGCAGCCGGCCCUCAUGGCUGCGCCCCUGUCCCUCGCGGACGCCCACCGCUCGGUGCUGGUGCACGCGGGCUCCCAGGGCCAGAGCUCGGCCCUGCUGCACCCCUCUCCCGCCAGCCAGCAGGCCGCGCCGGUGAUCCACUACUCGCCCACCAGCCAGCAGCUGCGCUGCGGGGGCCACCAGGAGUUCCAGCACAUCAUGUACUGCGAGAACUUCCCGCCCGGCAACCCCAGGCCCGGCCCGCCCCCGGUCAGUCAAGGCCAGAGGCUGAGCCCCGGCUCCUACCCCACGGUCAUUCAGCAGCAGAACGCCACCAGCCCCAGAGCCGCCAAAAACGGACCCCCGGUCAGCGACCAGAAGGAAGUGUUGCCCGCGGGAGUGACGAUUAAACAGGAGCAGAACUUGGACCAGACCUACCUGGAUGACGAGCUGAUAGACACACACCUUAGCUGGAUACAAAACAUAUUAUGAAACAGAGUGACUGUGAUCUUUGAUCCAAGCAAUCAAAGUUAAAGUUAAUGAAAUCAUCAGGAAGGAGUUUUCAGGACCUCCCGCACGAAAUCAGACGUAGAAGCAGCCAUUAUAGCAAGACACCUUCCGUAUCUGACCCCUGGCGCCCCCGCCGCUGUCUCCUUUUCUGCUCAUACUCCCGGCCCGGAGUCCACGCGCGGAACGAGCUCGGGUGGGGCACGAAGCUUGGCUCUUGGCUGAGGAGCUCGCCGCCUCUGUCAACACCUUUUGAUUUCGUCGCACAUCCCAAAGAGCACCCCGGCUGACCUCACGUCCGAACAUGAAGUGCCUGCUGACCGAGACCACGUUCUGCACCAGACAGGACACCGGAACACACCCGGGAACUUCGUGGCUGGAGCGUGGGGGGCUGGGGACGGAAGGCGUGGGUGCUGUGAUCAAACCCCAGCCCUCGCACUCAUUUUUCCAGGUCACAGAUGCAGCUGCUGACCUUUGGAAGGAAAGGCAUUCUCAGAGCAACCAAAGGAACGUGCUCCAAGAGUCCAGCUAACAGGCUGAAGAAACCCCAAACCCUCUUGGUAGAGGCAGAGACCCAACUGUCGGUUUUGGAGGUCGCCUAGUUCAUGCUGCACCCGGGCCAACAGCUAAAGCUUUAUUUUUGAAUUCUCAUUCCAAAACAAGACUGUCUUGCCCAGACAAGAUCACCUGUUAAAACUUCUUGGCGUUAAGUUAUGACGUGUACACGUUGGUUAUUUUUAAUUUUUUCUCUGCUUCGAAAGGCUGGCAGAGGCGGCUAGCGAUCGAGUUGCUCUUUAACCCCUGGGGCGCGGGGUCCGUACUGAGCAGUGUCCACAGACUGGGGAGGGUGGCCCAGGUCACAGAGCAAGUGCCGGUCUGCUGCCGCUGUAGGACCUAGAUGCUUUUCAAAGCUCCCGCUUGCUUUCUUCCUAACAGCCAGAGCGCUUUCCCAUAAAGUAGUUAAGAAUCUCAAGCAUGUGCAUUGAAUUUUGAGGAGGAAUGGCAGAAAAGCUAAAUCAACAGCAAAAAAAAAAAAAAAGUACAGGUAUUUUUGUUAAGCAAAACAGCCAAAGUGCUUCUGUAAGCGGGUUUUUACCAAUAUAGAGGAAAAGGGCUGAAUUCCCUCUUUUCCCUAAACUCAAAGUUUAAAGCAGAGUUCAGGAUUUGGCCCCAGAGACCUGUCUGCACUGGCGGGCGCGUUCUGAUAGAAGCAACGCGUCUACUCCGAUGCAUCCUUGGCUUGAAUGAGCUCUGCUCGGACCAGUGGGAUGCGAUUUUCCCCACCUCUUUUUCUCCACUGAACGCACCCAUAGGCCUCACCAGUCUUCCUCUGUUGGUGCAAUUUUUGCAACCGAAACCCUCAGGGUUCUUGGCAGAUGAGUUUUUAAUCGCACAGCUGUGUGUUUCUGUCUGCAUUUACUGCAGACACCCCAGGACAAGCUGGGGCUUCAUCUUCAGCCGUUCGGUGGUUUCCCCAGUAAUCAAAGUGAAAAUACUCCUCAAAAUACUCUUCACACUCAGAGUGAUUUCUCAGUCCAGCCUGCUAGACAGAAGGCCCAAGAUGAAAGUCACGGCCAUUCACUGCCCACUGUGGGGUUUUCUCUUGUCCAGGUUAUACCCAGAGGUAAAACCUUCCUGCGAGUCGGGGCCAGGUGUGUUCGGCACUCCAGGGAGUAGACAAAAUGCCCCGGUUCGCGCCCUUGCGCUUGUACGUAACCUUUUGGUCAAUACCUAGCAUUUAAUUUCCAAGUACAGAGGUUAGCAAAAUUCUCUUUUAAAUAAACACAAUGUCAGUAAGAAGUUGACUUCUGCCACGGAGCUACUGGGAUGCUAAACACUUCCUCAUUAACAAAGAAAGUUCCUUAUACUAGCAGCUUUACCUAAAGAACUGACUUCGCCAGGGACGAGUGAUGGGUAGUUAGUGAGUGAUUUGUUCUCACUUGGUCUGGCCAGGAGCCAGUUUUUGCACAUGAGGGAAUUUGGCCUUUCCUCAGUUAUCUGAAUGUUUUAUCCAAGUGCCUUCCUGCUAUUGUAGCAAACUAGCCCAGCCUCAUUGUCCACGGGGUGAAAAAGGACUAACGCAUUUUCCAUCAAUCUUCUAACCAUGUUAGUGAAAAGGGCUUCCUGGUAGCUCAAACUCCUGUACGUAUAUAUAUGUGUGUGUAUAUAAUGCACACACGAAUAAACCUCUCUUUUUCUAAGACAUCUUAGCUGGAUAUUAGAGGAAGCACUAUACCAAACAGCAAAGGAAAAAGAAACAAAAGCAUUAGAUUUGAGACAUAAACGGGCAAGAGAAAGUGUAUUCGGGACUGAUAGCUAUCCAGAAAGUUUUGUCAGUUACAGAUGCCAGGAGGAAAUUUUGCCAAGAGUAAUUGCUCAUGAGAUAUUUUCAGAAUGGGAAGAGGCAAUAAGAUCCUCUAAGAGAAGGAGAAGGUACAAGUGUCUAAAUAGUAAAGAUGGGUGUGUUGCACGUGUCAGAAGGUUGUCAGUUUAGUCAAGGUUUGCACUUGCUACGUCCAAGUUAAUGUAAAUAUGUAGCACUCGACAGAUAUACCAUGUUGCUGAAUGUAGUAUAUUUCCAAAGUUUGCAAGUCGGCACAAGUUUUCCUGUAUUGUACAAAAAUACCGCUGCUUGAUAAUAUAUAUAGCAAUCCAAAUUAAUUAGUAUGAUAUUAAAUUUUAUUUUCUUAACUGUAUUUUUAUGCUUUUUAUCUGUCUUCAAUAUAUUGCACCCCUGUUGGAAUUAGAAAAUAUUUAUAAAUGGUCAGAAAUCUUUUUAAGUGUCUCUUUUUACAUAUAUGUUGAUGUUUCUUAAGAGAAAUAAUGUAUUCUUGAAAAAUUUGUUAAUCAUUCCAGGAAACGAACACUCCCCAUACCCCCC